UCCCACUUUCUCUGCUAAUUGGAGUGCUCGAACAACUCCAAGAAGCUCUGCAUCAAAGACCUCGUGUCUCUUGCCCAAUGGAAACUCCCGGGUCUUCCAGGCUCCUGAUUCUUGCCAUGCAAGUUUUGCUCCACACCUGCCAUUCUCCAAUAUUGAUCCGUCUGACCAGAUUGCUGGUCCAGGAGGAAGAUAUUGUGCUUCUGUUGAGGCCUCUGGAUCUGGUAGCACUUCUAUUCGGCCGGGGAACUGACUACUGGUCGUCUGAAUUGCGCUUUCAAAGCUCUCGGAUGGAUUCACUGGUAGAAUAUUGGCUAAUUGUCGAGCACGGUGUUGUCCCAGGGACCAUGGGCCUCGGUUGUUUCUCUCAGCCCAUUGUCAGUUCCCCGGGGUCUGCUCCCCAGGCUGAGUGUGUUGAUCCCCUUCUCGGAAGCUCACCGGGAGGAUCUUCUUAGCCGGGUGGUUUUCUGGUAAACUGAGUAGCUGGGUAGCAU